AUGGUAUUCGCAUCUAAACAUUCCUGCUCAUCUGGCAUGUCACACAUUUCCAAAUAUUUAUCAUGUCAGAAAUCAUCUGAUGUCAAAUUCACGAUAUCCGCGGAGAAAAGGAAUGUGGCAUCGGUAUCGAACAAUAAUGUACUGCGAACUGAAAGUGAUGGAAGUGAUGAUGAUAUAGAGGAUACUGUAAAUGGAAGUAAACGUCAACGGCUUACACUUAUAAGAAACGGACAAAUAGUUGAACCAGGAGGGAUACAUGAAUCGAAAAACAGCAUAGUUAUACCGAUGGUGAAGCAGAAAGAUUGGAGGAUUGAACGUCUAUUGCAUAUGAAGAGCGAGGGUAAAUUAAAUGAGGAAGAGCUAGCGAAGCUGAACCUACUUACCGAGGCUGCUUCGUCAUCGAUUCUGGAGAACACAAAUAAAGUUGACGGUCAAAUCAACGAAGUUCUUAGCAAUGUGGACGCUGAUUAUGAUUCGGUACCGAUAGAAGUAUUUGGUCUUGCAGUAUUGCGAGGCUGUGGUUGGCAUGAAGGUGAAGGAAUUGGUAAAACAAACAAGAGGGUAGUGCCUCUGCAAAUCUCAUCCAGAAGGCCGAAAGGACUUGGAUUAGGUGCCGCUAUUGUGUCAAAAUCGACUAAUAAUAAUUCAGACGCAGAGAAAUUGAAUAGUUUAAAGAAAGCCUCUCUUGUGAAAAUUACAGGAGGAAUAUAUAGGAAUUUAUAUGGAAGAAUAGAGAGUUUCGAUGAAGAUAAUGCAAGCGUUAUUGUUCGGCUGGCUCUGGGUGACAAAAACGUUCGUGUUAGUCACUAUGCUGUGAUUUCGGUUACUAAUGAGGAGUACGAACGAAAAGGCAAGAACAUAGCAAAGCAUUCUCAUGAUGGGAAACAUUCAAAUGGUGAAAUCGAAUCGAAGGAUGAGAUGAGAAUGUCACAGGGGAAGAAUUAUGAGAAGCAGAAAUCAGAAAUUGUCAAACCAAAUAGAAAAGAUAUGUGGGCACGACCAGAACUGAAAGUGCGAUUCAUCGAUAAGAGAUUCAAGAAUGGAAAGCUCUAUAAUGAAAAGGUGCGGAUUUUGGAUGCAGCCGAUCGUGAAAACUGUGCUGUAGAAGAUUCUUCUGGAAAUAAAUAUUUCCAAAUCAAUGAACAGUGGCUGGAAACAGUCAUACCAAGAGAGAAAGGCACAAGGUUAAUGGUUGUGAAUGGUCCAUUUCGUGGAAAUAUUGCAGUACUGGAAGCAAGGGAUAAGAAAAAUCAUAUGGUUUUUGCUAGGCUGAUAACUACUAAUGAAAUUAUCACUGUGUGUUUUGAUGAUGUCUGUGAAUAUCUGGGCUCUUUCGAUGAGUUUUAG